AUGAAGAAGAUCUUGUUCAGCAUGUUCUAUUCGAUACUGGUAGGAGAAGAACCCGACUCGGUAUUCUUAAAAAAAGAGGGGAAGCAGAACCAAGUCAAGAUGAUAUGGAUCGCCCCUUCUUCUUGCGCCAAAGAUCUUACCAUUUCCGAAGGAACUGGGGCUACAUUUCCUUUCCAUUUCCAUUCCAGAGUUUCUAUCUGUUUCCACGCCCUUUUUUUGAGACCUCGAAACAUGAAAUGGACAAAUUCCUUCUCUUAG